UUGUCUGGUCGAGGCAGCUAGGGAACAGGGGUUAACAGACUUCUCUCGGUGAAAUGGUGUUUUACACAUCCAUGCCACAUGCCCAUCAGUCACAAAAAUCAGAGGGUACAGUUUCAAUGGACCCUCAAAACCCUUUAAAACGCCUCAACGCCGAUGAGCAGCAGUUGGAGAACUGCAAUCAAACUGAAUGGAUUGGCAUGGGGAGAAGCGGCACUCUCAACCUGGCUAAGCGGCAGCUUUGGGACUGGAUUUGUCUUUUAGUGGUUUCUAUGUGCCUGUUACUCCGACCAGUGUUCUGCCAAACAUGUCGAAUUCAGCGCUGUAAUGCAGAGUACGUGGCCUCAUUCUCACCCUCCGGUGGCUUGCAAGAGGAGGUGCUUCCAGAUGUGGACUACUGCAUCGCUCUGAGGGCCUACUCGUUGUGUACGCGUCGCACGGCUCGUGGUUGUAGGGGGGACUUGGUGUACCACUCCGCUGUAUUCCGUAUUAAAGAGCUCUUUGCACAGCACAACUGCUCAAGCGAUGGCCCAACGUCGUCGGCUAAAGCACCCAGCACUUCCAAGCCGCCAGUGGUGGACAUCUGCAACUAUGAAAGCAGGGUGCUCGCCUCAGGACCGGCGGCCCAACAGAAAAAGUACGGACAUUGUGGAUUAUUCGGCGAUCCUCACUUGCGGACUUUUCGAGAUGAGUUCCAGACAUGUAGAGUUGAGGGAGCCUGGCCGCUCAUCCACAACCGAUACCUUUCAGUUCAAGUCACAAACGUACCGGUGGUUGAAGGCUCCAGUGCUACAGCAACCAACAAGAUAACCGUCAUCUUCAAGUCCUAUCACGACUGCACCGAGCAGAAGGUGUACCAGGCCACCACCGAGGACCUGCCGUCAGCGUUCCAGGACGGCACGCGGAGCGGUGGGAAAGGAGACGGCUUGUGGAUCGUGGAGGGUAGCGGAGGUCUAGGCAUACGGCAGGUGAAGAUCCACGCUCGCUACCUGGGCACGUCCAUCAUCGUGAGGCAGGUGGGCCGCUACCUGACGUUCGCCAUCCGCAUGCCCGAGGACUUGGCGGAGGAGAACGGCGGCCUGCAGCUGUGUCUGCACGGGUGUCCCCGCAGCGAGGUCAUCAAAGCCCACGUGCUCAACCGGCAGCAGAGCCUGCGUCCGCCGCGACUCACGGGCGGCUGGUACGGGGAGGACGGCGGCGGCGAGCUUCAGCCGGGACUCUCGGCGCACGUGGACAUGUUAGAACGCGCGACCACGAAGUGUCGAGAGAUGCUGCAGGUGGAGGAUGUUUAUUUCCAGUCGUGCGUGUUCGAUCUCCUCACGACAGGCGACCCGGAGUUCUCCAUGGCAGCGUAUGGCGCCCUGGAGGACCUUAAGGCACUUCCGCCCAGCACUCUGAAACAAAGUUUGCCUAGGACUCCACACAUUUAUAGUAGAGGAACGAUAGUUACACCUUCAGUUUUCACAGCGCUGGUUCUUCUGCUGCUGUUGAACUGAAGGAGCUGGUCUAGACGCCAGCUUGAAGAUGGAUACCCAACCAGCCAGACCGUUCCGUCAACCGUGAAACCCUCCUGGAAAAACAAUCAAACUGACUUCAAACUGUCUGCUGAGUUGAGAGACUGAUCCGAACCGACUCAUUUCCAUUUAAACACGCAGCGUUUUAUUUCUUCAGAACGGAUGAUGGCCACAGGCUUUCUGAAUGUGAAAUCGACAAAGGCGAUCUCGAAUCUGGAAACAAUGAAGGCAGCUAAUAUGCAUAUCUAUUAGGUUAUCGCAGAUUAAAAAGUGGAAGCUGUUGAUACAGGUGUGACGAUAAUAGAUGAAAUUAUCGUAAAAGACACGUAGUAUGUCCUGUAAUGCACAUCUUCCAGAAUCACACGAGUUUAGGUGCACUUCAAACUUUCUACUCGGACAUGGGAAAAUAUAUGUUAUUUACACGGGAUCCAACAACUACAUGAAAUGCUACCUAUAUCCAUAUAUUUUUGGUUCUGGGUCCACACAUCCACACAUAAAGCUACAGUCACGGUAGAAAAGACCUCUUCAAGCUGCUCUGCUUAUUAAGGAGAAAACAAAACAAAUUCUUUAUAUAAUAAUAUAUUGAAAGAGUGUAUAUAUGUGUUUUAUAUGUGUACAUUCACCUGUGUAUAGUUGUUUUAAAUGUGAUGUUUUGAAGCAGUUUCAUCUAGUUAGAUAUUUUAGUUAGUAUAAAACAUAACUAAUAUGUGCUAUAUUGUGUAAUCUGUUGCUUUCCAUAUUAAAAAAAAAGUUGUGACUACC